UGCUAUGUCAUCGCCUUGUCCUCGGAGGUUCCAAGUUUCGUUUCCCUCUCUUUUUCUCUCUCGACCCGAAAACAGUACCAGAUUUACAGAUCCAUUGCAACCCCACGAACGAAAGGAGAGAAGAAUCGAUAGUUCAUCUCCCUUUCUAUUUGUGGAUGUUGAGAUUUGAGAGUUUCUAAUCGUGGCUUCUUCUGGAGCGGAUUCGAUCCAUCGGAGAAAAUCGAAACCUUCCUCCUCUCCGGCUUCAUCUUCUGCUCCGACUAAGAUCGUGUACGGGGAGUCGAGGGGUUUCCUUUUCUGGAAGCAGAACUGGUUUAUCGGAUUACUAUCUGUAAUGGCUAUUAGCUUUUUCGCCCUCGCUUUCUUUCUCUUCUUCAACCUCGAUGUCGAUAACGGCUCCUUCUCCUCCGCAUCCGCAGCUUCAUCUGCCGAAGGUGUUGAGAUUACCUACGGGACGGUGCUUAAGCUGAUGCACGAGAGGACCAAAGUUAGACUGCAUUCUCACGAAGUACCGUAUGGGUCUGGCAGUGGGCAGCAAUCUGUUACGGGCUUUCCCAAUGUUGAUGAUUCUAAUAGUUACUGGAUUGUGGGGCCUGAACUCGAUUCGUCAGCCAAACAAGGUGAUGCCAUCAAAAGCGGGGCCAUUAUCCGAUUGCAGCACACGAGGACUAGGAAAUGGCUGCAUAGUCAUUUGCAUGCAUCUCCAAUAUCAGGCAAUUUAGAGGUUAGCUGCUUUGGAGGUGAUAAUGAUUCCGAUACUGGGGAUCACUGGAGGCUUGUAAUUGAAGGGAGUGGGAACACUUGGAAGCAAGAUCAAAGAAUUCGACUUCAACACGUUGACACUGGUGGCUACCUUCAUAGUCAUGACAAGAAAUACACUCGAAUUGCUGGGGGACAGCAAGAGGUUUGUGGUCUCCGAGACAAGCGCGCUGAUAACAUUUGGUUGGCAGCAGAAGGUGUCUACCUCCCUGUUACUGAAAGCAAGUAGAUGUUAGUUUUUCCACGAAUUAUUAACUUGUAAGAAACAGUUAAUUGGGUUUUGAAAUUUUGGGGGCUUGUGCGGUUGUGCCUGUGCCUGUUUCUAUAAUAGCUGUAGAUGCCAUCCUUGAUGAAGGAAGAUACAUGUUCUAGAGUCAAAAACUUAUUCUGUAUUGAUGUUUAUCUUAUGCGAUGUAUUAUGCCCUUAUUGCCGAAAGAAAUGCAUCCUUCUCUCGCAUAUUAUGGUCUUAUGUCUUCCUUUUUGCCUAGUUAUUUUGUGUAAGGGUGAACUCUUGGCCUUUUGGUUUAACAAGCUAGUGGUCAUAUGGAGAUAAGGCUGCUGGCAUCGUAUGCUUCCCACACCGCCGCCGCAGUGGGCGCUCGGUUUUAACCUUUA